AUGUCGUUUCGUGUCAAUCAGCAUGUUUUUCCAGAGCAAGGCAUUAGACGAACAGAGGAAAGGUAUCAAACGAAGAAGCUCCAACGAAUGACAAUGGCGUCCUCCAGAAAAUCAGCACCGGAGAAGAAAAGCGAAGAAAAAAGGAAGAAGCCGAGCAAAGGCAACACAAAUAGCACGAAGAGAAGAAAGGACGACAAGAACAAGACCUCCAAUGGUGGCGACGUUCCGGCUACUCCAUCCUCGCGCUCCGACUCCCAAUGCGACGUCGAAAACGGGGUUGAGAUUACCCAAAAAACCACCGGCGGCAAAAAUCCCCAACAGAAGGCGAAAAGAGAGCGAAAGAAAGGGAAAGAAGAGAAAGAAGACGCGAUGAUGAAUAAAUUCCCCAUGGAAAGGGUUCGGAGGAUCAUCAGGAGCGAAGACUCCGGUAUGCGUAUCACUAAUGAAGCCGUUUUUCUUGUCAAUAAAGCCACGGAGAAAUUUCUGGAGAAGUUCUGUGAAGAAGCGUAUAAGGGUUUAGUUCAGGAUCGUAAGAAGUCUCUUGGUUACAAGCAUCUUUGUAAGUUAUCUUUCUAUUUCUUUUUGUUUUGGAGGAAUUUUUAG